AUGUUGGUGUCAGGUGCGCGACGGACGUCUCUGUGUGAGCUGCGGGUCUCGGAGACGGCGGCGACCGACCUCGUUAGACAAUUCGAGGUCGACAGCGGCGGCGGUGGCUCGACCGAAGUAAUGGUGUACUCUCUCGGCUGGGGCAUGGGGGAGCCGGAGCGGCGAGGCGAGCGCAAGCGCACGCAGCCGCCCGCUGCUGCGCACACGCUCUCGCCGGACGACGGACACGAGGUGGACGUGCUGCCCCUACACAAUCAAGUCGGCGGUCACACGAGACUGCUGGUUCUCAACGACAGCACUGUCAUCAAACCGCUCAAUAUCAGGGAGUUGCAUUUCUACCAGAACAUUCCCGACGAUAUCCAAGGCUUCGUACCGAGAUACAAAGGCGUGAUGCAGGCCUCGCACAUGGGCGGGACGAAAUUGGAAAAGCGCUACUCGCCGUGUUUCCGCGACGAGAACGGGCGCAAGCAAUCGCUGACGGGCAAGCGCAAGCGCGACGAUGUGUUCAAGUUCAGAGUGCACCGGAACGGCAAUGCCAGCGAAGUGCUCAAGAGCAUUGCGCAUAUGGACAAUUCCAAUAAGCAAUAUUUCCUCAUGAUGGAGAACAUCACGUCAUCGUAUCGUCGGCCGUGCGUGCUCGACCUGAAGAUGGGCACACGGCAGCAUGGCGACGACGCAAGCGCAGAAAAACGCACCAAGCAGAUCGCUAAAUGCGCCGCUAGCACAUCCGCCACGCUCGGCGUCCGAUUAUGCGGAAUGCAGGUGUACGUGCCCGAAACCGGCGCGUGUUUGCGGCGAGAUAAGUAUUGGGGUCGUGGUCUCAGUGAGAGCGGGCUGCGCGACGCGUUACGGGAUUUCUUCGCAGCGGGCGGGGGAGGGGGCCUGCGCGCGCGCGUCGUACGCCGCGUGCUAAGGGACCUUGACUUACUAAGACGCGCCAUUGCCAAACAGACAAACUACAGGUUCUACUCGUGCUCUCUAUUAAUUGUCUACGAAGGUGACGUGACGCCGCAACCGGACGAUUCAGGUGUGUCCACAUCUGAGUACGAAGGAGACGCGUCUAGCAGCUCAGCCGAAUUGGCCCCGCCCGGCCACUUCGACAUGUCUACACUGCACGAUGAAAUGCCAGAAUCGUCCCUGCAACGCGAACCCUUCCGGCCACACUGCGAGGAGACGAUGGGCGGCUAUGAAGACGGCGAGACGGCCGGCCCGCCCUCACCCAGACCGCACCCGCCCAGCCCGGACUCCGCUGACAGCUGGAUGGCGUACUCGUCCGCUAGCAGCGAGUCCUGGCGCGCCGAGGGCGAAACGGACGACCCAGACACUGAGAACAGCGGGAAGAGGGCCAGACGCCCCGCCUGGCCAACAAUAGAAGAGAGAGUAGACAUUCGCAUGAUAGACUUUGCGCAUACGGCGUAUGCAGGCGCGGCUGCCGAGUCGCCCCUGGCAACUGCUACACCCCACGACGGACCGGAUUGUGGCUUUCUUACUGGAGUAGACUCCCUCAAACGACUCCUCACAGAUAUCCUCCUCCCCCCACCGUACAGUUAA